UACUCGAGUUCGAUGAAUUCCUAAAGAUAGAAGGUUGCAAGACAGGGAAGCACGUGUUUGUGAAAAAGAAACGCACAGAUGAGACCGGCGCACCGACAGAGGAGCUCAUUCAAUGCCGCAUUGACCACUAUCAAACUCCUGGUCAAGUUCUUGCUACAAUCUAUGCCAAAAAGUGUUCCCAGGCGGAUAGUGAAAUCACCUUCGAGCCCACUCGCGUCCACAUCAACUUGUCGUUACCAGACUCGAAGCGCUUCAAGCGGACCCUCGAGUUGUUUGGAGCAAUUGUACCAGAGAAAAGCACAUACAAAGUUUAUGGGACAAAGGUGGACAUGACGCUAGUCAAGUCAGAUGCUCGAAGUUGGAACUUAUUGGAGAGUACAAAUGCUGCAAAUUUGGCGGGCAUUGGCUUCAACUUGACAUUCGGGGUUGGUGGUAGAACAGGGACAGUAGGUGCCAAAGAAGCAGUGCUGGACGAUGAGAACAAGUCAAA